CACACGUCCGUACACGCUGAGACAGACAGACAGACAGACUAGAGACAACGGACCAGUGCACACACGUCCGUACACGCUGAGACAGACAGACUAGAGACAACGGACUCGCGCGCCAUCCAGUGAACUACGGCAUAUCGUUACUAACUUCUUACACCACACAGACAGAGGACAGAAUGGCAGCAGAAGGACCGAAACCCGAGAUGUCUGCACCUAUACCUGGGCAGAUGAGCACGGAGCAAAUGAGAAAAGUUAUGUCGAUGACAUAUAAGUAUAGAGGAGUAAAUUUCCAACCGAUGUUGGUCCCCGUUGAGAAUCUCAAGGCUAUGGAGACAUUUCAAGUUAGAGAUGACGACAUCUUCGUUCUCACCUACCCUAAAUGUGGAACUCAUUGGACCAUGGAGAUUGUGUACCUCAUCCUUGCUGACGGUUACCCAGAAAAGAUCAACCGGUCUGAAAAGAUGAGUUUUGGUGCCUUGGAGAUGUCGAUGCCUACCAUGCCUGUGCCUGCGUAUAAAAUGGCUGAGGAUUUGCCAUCACCUCGUGUCUUCCCAACUCAUCUCCCAGAGAACAUCCUCCCUCCUCAGAUCUUCCAGAACAAAGGAAAGGUGGUUUUUGUGACACGCAACCCAAAAGACUGUGUGACAUCCCUGCAUCGUUUUCUUACUGGUAGCAAUCCAAAUGCGAAGGACAAUUGGUCUGAAGUCUUUGACCAGUUUCUAACUGAUGAAAUGAUGAACGGUUCAUGGUUCAACUUCAACUUGAGCUACUGGAAACAUCGUCAUGACAGUAACUUCCUGGUUCUGAAAUAUGAAGAUAUGAAAAGGGAUACCAAGUCAGUCGUCAUCGCCAUUGCCGAUCACAUCGGGCGUGUCUUAUCGGAUGAGGCUAUCGACCGUGUGGUAGAGAACUGCAGUAUGUCUGCCAUGAAAAAGUCCUACAAAAAAGCUGAUGAAGAGAAAGUUAUGCUGUUUCAGCCUGGACAAAAGGAAAACCUUGUCAAGUUUCUUCGGAAGGGAACUGUUGGUGAUUGGAAGAAUGCUUUGACCGUGGCACAGAAUGAGAGGAUGGACGAAGUCUACUUCCAAAAAAUGGCAGGCUCAGGGUUAACAUUUGAAUACGAGUAGAUUUUUUUGUAGUUGAUAUAGAAGAGUGGAACUUCACAAACAGUUAAAUUAAUAUGACUUACCUCCUAAGUAGUCUCACAAAUUCUGAAAUCUACUCCGUGGCAGUGGAAUACAUGGCAAGACAAGUUCUUAAAGAAACUUCUACAUAGCAAACUAGAUAGUACACAAACUUUUUAAGAACAUAUGUUGUUAUCGCUAACUGAGUACCUAUUGAAACCUGACCUGAGUUAAAGUGUAUUGUAAUGGAACAAUGGAUGUGUGAAAAUCUUGAUUUAAUCAUGUACUCUUGAUUUAAUCUUAGUUCCAAGUAGCCUGAACAUCUAGGCCCACUUUCAUGGCUCUGCUUAAUGUAAGCACAGAAUCGGCGCAUACCGAAGCAGGGAAAUCUGUACUUACAGCAAGCAUAUUUUACAAGUUAGCGGCGAAUUUCGGCUUCUGCUCAUGCGUACACAACGUUACUAAGCAUGGUAAGCUUACAAGGCUAAGCACAGAAAUUCAGCGCUUGCACGUAAGCAGGGAAUCGUGAAUGUAAGGGCAGAAUUCGGCGUUAGGCAGAGCCAUGAAAUUUGGCCCUGGUCAUGUCACACUUCGAGGCUCAUGAAUAUGCCAGAGUCUAUAUCCCUGUCUAUAUUCACCUUUAACCUACAUUCAUUUCGCAUACACACUGCAUGCUGCAUGUAGAUGACCUACAUGUAGGGACGACUGAAAUUGCAACUGCCAAACAUCACCACAGACCAAUCGAAAAAGAUAAUUAAUUAAAUUACUGCUUCUGUAAAACCAAUACCUGUCUUUACCCUUGCAGAUAAAGACAGGGGACCAAUCUAAGUUCCAAUCUAUUGUUGUAUUCAUCAAAGGAAAUAUUUACAAACAGGGCACUAUCAUCCCAUGAACUGCUAUCACACCACAAUAGGAAUGUCUAUAGGAAUCAAAUCUAGAAUGAAUAGGCAGACCAAAAUUACUUUGAGACAUUGUUUUAGUCAUUUCUCAAAAAAACUACAGCACCUCAGCAUGUAAUAUUUCAAUGGAAGCUCAACCACCAUUUCAUUAUUCAAACUGUGUAAGUUAAUGUAAAUCUGUGGACAUAGUGUUUUGUGUUACAAAAAACAAACAAACAAAAACCCCUGAUAACACUGCAAGUCACAUGAUCAAGUGUCUAUUCAAUGUGAACACGACUUGAUGUAUAGAAAAUAAUGGUGGGUUUUAGAAUCUCAGGUUUAUUUUAACAAGUUUUACAAUAAAAAGCAAUGAGAACAAUGAUAUUUCUUUGUACACAUUUUAGAGCUUUUAAAAUUCUGUUUAAAAUUCAAUCAAGUUCUUAAAAGAACUUGAUUGAAUUUUAAAUUUAAUUUUUAUUUUUAGGUGAAAACAAUUAAACAGUAGACAAGGGUCCUUGAAUCUUACCCUUUUUCUUGAGUACUUAAAAGUGCUGCCAAAUCUUUCAUUUUUAUUGUGGAUUUUCAUUUCAAGGUACAAAAACUCGAUUAUUUGAAUAGUGGCAGUCAUUUUGUUAUUUCCCCCAAAAUCAACUUUGUGACCUAAAUUGUUAAUGGAAGUGUUUAUGAGAUAUUGAAAUUUACAGAUUAUAAUUAACUAAAUUUAUGAAAUAGUGAAGUCUUGUAGUAACAAUGAUGAUUAAAUGUUUUGAUUUCAGUACUUUUUUCAUAUUUAUUCUUGAUCUGUAGCUUAUUUUAUAAAAUUGCAUAAUUUUUUAGCCACAGCGUACUUAAAAAAUAAAGGUGAAGGGUUAAAUUACGUUUUAAUUGUGUAGCAUUACAAAAAUGUACCAGAUAUAGAUUUCUUCACUUUUAUAACAAUAUGUCAAAGAAUUGAAGAAUUUUUUUUUUAUUUGUCCACAACUGAAUAGGAAUAACAGUAGUAACUGCUUUGUUUGACGUUUUAUACAAAACAUAUAUAUAUAUAUUUGCAAUGUUACUAACCACAUUGUGUAAGUAGUUUGACUACUUUUAUAAAAUACAGUGAACAAGUUAUUACCUCAUUUUACAAUUUUUAUAAUAAAAGUAAACGAAUUAUAAGGUUUAUUAAAAUAUGUAGCUGUCUUUUUUAACUCAC